AUGCCCCGCGAAUACGCCCCCGCCCCAACAGGGGCCAACCGAAUCCCGAAGCGCAAAACGCGCGACUUUGACACCCCCGACACCACCACCACCACCCACCACUCCCACACCCACUCCCAAGAAGAACACACCCAACCGAGCCGGAAAAAAAUCCACCUCCCGAAAAAAGAACACAAAUACCCGUCCGUCAACGAGCUCAAGAAACGCAUCCGCGACGUGAAACGACUUCUCAACAAGGCGGAUUUGCCCGCUGAUGCGCGCAUCGUGCAGGAGCGGGCACUUUCGGGCUAUGAGAGGGAUCUAGAGGAGGAGUUGAAGAGACGGGAUCGGUCGAAGAUGAUUAAGAAGUAUCAUUUUGUAAGGUUUUUGGACCGCAAAACCGCCACCAAAGAAAUCUCCCGCCUGACACGCCUCCAAAAAGACCUCUCUUCCUCUUCCUCCUCAUCUUCCGAAAAAGAACGCAAAUUGGCUUCCCUCGCGGAGAAACUGCACGUAGCCAAGGUGAAUCUCAACUAUACCAUCUACUAUCCGCUGUCGGAGAAAUAUAUCGCUCUGUACGCGGAGCAAAGAAAAAAGACAACUGGGGGGAAGGAGGAUGCAGCCGAGGAGGAUGGGGAUGCGCGGGUGGGACCGGUGCAUGCGACGGUGGCGGAGAAGCCCGGGAUGUGGCAUGUUGUGGAGAAGUGUAUGGCGGAGGGGACGUUGGAGGAGUUGAGGGAUGGGAAGUUGGAGGUGGAGGUGGAGGGGCAGGGGCAGGCUUCCGGAGGGGAGAAGAAGGUGAAGAAGGAGGGUAAGAAGAGUGCGGUGAAGGAGGUCAAGAAGAGUGAGAAGAGUCGGGAGCGGGUCGAGUCCGGACGGAGUGAGAGGACGAAGAGAAGGGCGGCGGCGAGAGAAGACUACGUGAUGCGGGAUGCGGGCAAGGAUGAUGGCGAGGAGAGUGAUGGAGGGUUCUUUGAGAUGUGA